AGUAAAUUUAGUCCUCUUUGCUGUAGUAAAUGGCGUCCAAUUUUUUUUUCGUCAAUUUAUUUGGCUGGAAUUAAAAAAAUAUAAUAGAACUCGCAUACUACUAUUGGAUCACAUUAAUCAAGGUCAAACUCGGAUCUGAGCCGUCCAAUCUUUAUCAUCUUCUCUCAUCAAUUCACCAACGAAAAAUUACAGCAUGCACACCAACACUGCUGAUUUGGUUCAUUGUUACCUGAAAUUCCGUUCCAUGGACUCAAAUAUGAUCCGAUUGUCAGCUCCAUCUACCUACAAUCACAACUACUACUUUUUCGCCAAUAAAAAAUUUAACCAUCAUUUCGCUUCAUUCAGUUUCAGACUCCAAAGCAGGAAAAAUUAUAAUUCUAAAGCUAAGGAGUUCGACGAGUCGGCAUUUGAAGCUGAGAGGCUGAUACUGGACGCAAAGGCUCGAGAAUCAAUGGCCCAGACUUCCAAAAGAAUGAUGGAAACGAUUGCGGAAGCAGAAGAUGAUCCCAAAGCUUGGAAAUGGGUCAUCCGUAAAAGGGUUUGGGAUUUAAUGGAGGCGCAGAAUAUUGCCCAGAACCCCAGGCCCGUUCAUCAUCGGAUCCCGAACUUUAUUGGUGCCUCAGCUGCUGCCAAAAAAUUGAGUGAGCUGGAGGCAUUUGGGAUGGCAAAUUGUGUGAAGGUAAACCCGGAUUCGCCUCAAAAGCAAGUCAGGUUUAUCACUCUAUCUGAUGGCAAGAAGUUGUUGACUCCUCAACCUCGUUUGAGAACCGGUUUCUUUUCAGUACUUGAAUCCUCUAUGCUAACUCCUAGUACCAUCAACGAGGCAUGCAGUUCUGUAGGGGCUGCAAAGUAUGGAAGGCCAAUUGGAUUGGAUGAAAAGAUCAAGGUAGAUGUAAUUGUCAUUGGUUCAGUUGCUGUAGAUCCGAAGACUGGGGCUCGACUUGGCAAGGGAGAGGGAUUUGCUGAACUUGAAUAUGGCAUGCUGCGGUAUAUGGGUGCCAUUGAUGAUUCAACCCAGGUGAUCACCUCAGUGCAUGACUGUCAGUUGGUAGAUGAUAUUCCAGUUGAGAAACUGUUGGUCCAUGAUGUUCCUGUUGACAUCUUAUGUACUUCUACUCAAGUUAUUUUUACCGAUACAGCAAUCCCGAAGCCUCAAGGUAUCUAUUGGGAGAAAUUGUCUCCUGAAAAGCUGGGGCAAAUUCGGAUACUAAGAGAGCUCAAAAGCAGAAUUGAACGGGAGACUGGACAGAACCUUCCAUGUGGUCCAUCUGAGAAAUUGCCCCCGGCUGCUCGAGCAAAGCACCGGCAUUCUUAAAUAGUGAAGAUGGUAGAAGAAGAAUUCCAAUCUGAGGCAUCAAUUAAAUACAUUGAUUUCUUGGGAGUACAUAUUUUUGUACGAUGCUAAAGGUUAGACACCACUUGUUUCUCUAAAUUUCAUUCGUAGUGUAUGUAUAUAGUUUUGAGGUUUUUGAACCUAAGAGUUAAGGCUUUAGCCCAAAUGGGUCACUUGUCAAAGGGUGUAAAUUCUACUUUCUAAAUUCUCUCUAGACCUUAGCCUAUUUUGUAUAAAAAAAAAAAUAUAAAC